AUAUAAACAUAAACAUAAACAUAAACAUAAACAUAUUCUCUCUGCGAAUAUCACGAAAAUGGAGUCCCAAACCCAACAAACCUCCACUUCCAAAUUUCCCACGACCAUUUUUCACAACCUCAAACAAAAUUUAAUCUUCAGAUCAAAAUGGGCAGAGCUCAAUGGCGCAAUGGGGGACUUGGGCACUUUUAUACCGAUAGUCUUAGCGUUAACACUAGCCAGUGAUCUCAACUUGGGCACAACAUUAAUCUUCACCGGCAUAUAUAACAUGAUCACCGGAGCUAUCUACGGCGUCCCAAUGCCAGUCCAGCCCAUGAAAUCAAUUGCAGCUGUGGCUGUAUCAAACAGUGCAGAAUUCGGCAUCCCUGAAAUCAUGGCCGCCGGAAUCUGCACCGGCGGGAUUUUAUUCGUUCUGGGCGUCACCGGAUUAAUGAAAUUGGCGUACAAGCUAAUUCCGUUAUCUGUCGUUAGAGGAAUUCAGCUGUCACAAGGGCUAAAUUUCGCAAUGACGGCGGUGAAAUAUGUUAGAAAAGUUCAAAACUUUUCAAAAUCUAAAUCUCUUGGAAAUAGGCACUGGUUUGGUUUGGAUGGGUUGGUUUUAGCCAUAGUUUGUUGCGGUUUUAUUAUUCUGGUUAAUGGUGCAGGUGAAGAACAAACUGAGACUAAUUCUAACUUGGGUGUUGUUGAAGAAAGAUCAAGAAGAAGUAAAGUGAAGAAAUUUAUUGGUUCACUUCCUUCAGCUUUUAUUGUGUUUUUGUUGGGUGUGAUUAUAGCGUUUAUAAGAGAUCCUAAAAUAGUGCAUGCUAUUAAAUUAGGCCCAUCUUCUAUACAAAUAGUGAAAAUCUCUAAACAAGCAUGGAAAAAUGGGUUUAUAAAGGGUACAAUUCCUCAACUUCCAUUAUCCAUACUGAAUUCUGUGAUUGCUGUUUGUAAACUGUCAGCAGAUCUUUUUCCGGGUAAGGAUUUUUCGGCAACAUCGGUUUCGGUGACGGUAGGGCUCAUGAACGUCGUGGGUUGUUGGUUUGGUGCCAUGCCGUGUUGCCAUGGUGCAGGUGGGCUAGCCGGUCAGUACAAAUUUGGGGGUAGGAGUGGUGGGUGUGUGGCUCUAUUGGGUGCAGCCAAAAUGGUGUUGGGUUUGGUUCUAGGGAGUUCGUUGGUUGUGGUUUUGGGUCAGUUUCCGGUUGGGGUAUUAGGGGUUCUGCUGUUGUUUGCUGGAAUAGAACUGGCCAUGUGUUCAAGAGAUAUGAAUACAAAGGAAGAGUCAUUUGUUAUGCUAAUUUGUACUGCAGUUUCACUUGUUGGGUCGGGUGCUGCACUUGGGUUUGUUUGUGGUAUGGUUGUUCAUGUGCUUCUUAAGCUAAGAAAUUUGCAGAAAGAUGAGCUUACAAUGUGGAUUCGUAGGAGAAGCCAAUUGCAGCCUCAACAAGUGUGAAUGAGUGUAAUUUAAGUUUGAGAUCCUAAUGAUAAAAAAUGCUGCUGUAAUAAAUUAAUAAUGAGUUUCAUUCUUCAA